UUAAAAAGUUUAUGUUAGUUUGUUUUGUUUUUUAUUUUGUUUUUGUUUUGCUCUGCUGUCCCUCGGGUUGAUUCCCUGCAGUGUCUGAUUCAACUUUGCUUUACAUCUUAAAUGAGGAGUGAAGGUAGCAGGAACCACCAUGGAGACUGUAUUCCCCUCUUUCCUCUCAGCWGUUGACCGACUGUCCUGGUUUCUCCUUGCUCUGUUUACAUCAUGGAUAGUCUUGGGUUCAGCAGACACAAAGCAGACAAGCUGGCCAUUACACUCCAAGAAGCCAGUUCUCUUCAUCUGGAACGCUCCCACUCAGGAGUGUGGGAAACACUACAAUGUUACGUUAUCAUUAGACCAGUUUGACAUAGUGUCAUCCCCCACUCAGGGCUUUACCCAGCAGAAUCUCACAACGUUCUAUAAGGACCACCUCGGGAUUUAUCCCUAUGUUGACCAUAAAUAUGUAGACGUGAAUGGGGCUCUUCCACAACGUGUCAAUCUCUCUGAGCACUUAAAAAAAAUGACAGAGGAUCUAGACACAUACAUACCAGACCCCAAGUCUAAAGGUCUGACUGUCAUUGACUGGCAGCAAUGGCACCCCUUAUGGUUUCGAAACCGCCAUAACAAAUCUAUCUAUAGAGUGAAGUCACAAUAUCUGUUGUUCUUAAAGUACCCUGAGUGGACUGUACAUCAAGUGGCAAAAGGUGCACAAAAAGAAUUUGAACUUGUGGCUCGUGAAUUCAUGCAAGAGACCCUGAGGAAGGGUAAAAAUUUGAGACCGAAUCAGCUGUGGGGCUACUACAUGUUUCCUGAAUGUUACAACUAUCGCUACGUAGGGGAAAUGGAAACCUACACAGGACAUUGUCCUGAUGUUGAGAUUGAGCUAAAUGAUCAACUGAACUGGCUGUGGAUUGAAAGCACCGCCCUUUUUCCUGAAAUAUACCUGGAAAAAGAACUGCGCUCCACUGAUCAGGCACGCCUGUUUGUCCUGAACAGGGUGAAGGAGGCGAUGCGCGUCGCAUCUGUUGGGGAUGGAUUGACACGUCCUGUUUUUGUUUAUUCAAAACCCUUUUACAAAUAUUGGAUGGCCGUUAUGGAUGAGACAGAUUUGGUCAACACCAUUGGCGAGAGCGUUGCAUUGGGAGCUGCAGGAGUGAUCUUCUGGGGGGCCGAAUAUUAUGUAUCUAAGAACGUAUGUACAACCUUGAAUAACUAUUUUCGGGGACCAAUGGGACGAUACCUCCUCAAUGUGACCACAGCAGCAAAGGAGUGCAGCCAGAAAUUGUGCAAUUUUAACGGUCGCUGUCUUCGCCGAGAACCGGACAGGGCCGUGUUUCUGCACCUCAACCCCUCCACUCACAGGAUCACAAGUCAGAAAGGAAAGCUGAAGGUCACGGGAUCCCCAGGUGAAGCAGAGUUGAAGGCCUUCCGUCAGCACUUCAAGUGCCAGUGCUACAACGGGACCAAGGGAGAAAACUGUGAGCUGGAAGGACAAGGAGGGAGAGAAGAAAUAGAAGACAAAGAAGAAAAAGAAGAAAGAGAAGAAGCAGAAGAAAAAGAAAAAAGAGAACAAGAAGGAGAAAAAGGAGAAAGAGGGCAGAGUAGUGCCACCUCUGUUUUAGGGAUGUGGCCUCUCUGCUUUGUUCUCCAACUCGGACUUCUCUCUCUGUUUCUUUGAGGAAACCAAGAAACCAAACUAUUCUCUGGCUCUGCCAGCACCGAAAGGAAAAGUUUUGGUUUUCUGGCCUGAAAACAAAAAUAAACUGCAUUGUGAAAGCAUCACUUCA